AUGACGCCGCCAUUUAUUCGUCCAAUCCGGCAAAGCUUCUGUGGAUCUCUUCGCAGAGACACGCACUGGAAAUGCUUAAUACUGUCUGUUCUGAUUUACGCCAGUCUUGGAAUUAUAGGUUGGUGUCGCCUAACAACCGUAACUAUGCGAGCCUACAACUACCGUGGUAUUCCAGUUUACGUGACAGGGAGCCCAUGUGACGACGGGUACAUCUACAUACCCAUCGCGUUCCUCAUACUAAUAUAUAUGGUGUACCUGAUCGAGUGUUGGCAUUGUCACACCAGGGUGGAACUUCAGUAUAAAGAGGAUGUCGCUGUUGUGUACGAUAUGAUGCAACGAAUGAGAGACUCAUACCCCGUCGUGUGGUGGAGGGCGAUAUGUUACCAUUAUAUUCGUAGGACUAGGCAGGUGACGCGAUAUCGCAACGGGGACGCCUAUACUACCACGCAGGAGUACUACGAGAGGGUGAACUCUCACUCAUCUCUCGGUGCUUUCGACUUCUCCGAGUGUGGAGUGAAGGACAUUUCACGGGACCUGGUGGCACUGGAAGCGUACCCAGCCACCAAGAUCAAAUUUACUAAAAGUUUCAUAUUUGCCAACGAGGAGGCCGAGAAUGACUACUUAGCACAGAGAUCGCGGUUCUUCGGGGAGAACGAAGGUAGGGACGAUUACAUGGAGACACGCGAGGGCAUGAACUUAAGUGAUUUGGAUUUUAAAGAACACAUGAUUGCUUUUGCCGAAUCAAACAAGCUUCCAUGGUAUGUUUCACUAAUUAUAUUUUGGUUCUUGUCCAUCUGUCUAUUGUCUUGGCCGAUCCGUGUCUUAAUUGAAUUUAAAACAGCUUAUGUCCAUUACCAAAUUGAAAAACUUUUUGGGACGAAUUAUUCCACGUAUUCGUCCAUGGAAAACUGGAACGGAAGUGUGCAUAUACCACGUGACAUCACUGUCGAUAGCAGUAGAAGUCUGGAGUUACGAAUUAGCAACAAUCAUCAUAUCGCACCGAGUUAUUCCGAGGCGUUGCUAAUGGACGCCGCCAAUGGCAACCUGUUACGCCACAGCGUCUCCUGUAGGAGUAACGUUGGCAACGGACACGCGGUUGCCAUCGCGGAACCCGAGGAGGACGUAGGUGACGAGAAUGACUGCGACGAGACGUCCCCUAUAAUGGAGUUCGUUCAACGUGGCGGAGCGCGCAGCAUGCAAGAGAGCGCCACGGCGUUGAACAAUCUGCCCGACGAUUCGCCGCCAGCUUACGAAGUGGUGCUCGGCUUGAUGACUCCUAUAGAAUGCGGGCCCUUGAACGAGGAUGAGGAAUACUGCACUUUACCAAUCGAAACUUCGCUAUGA